GGGUUCGUGAUUUUCGUUCGGUGUGACGUAGACUAAAGGCGAACAGUCCUGAGGAAGUCUUUAAACAUCAGGCGAUUUUGCUAAGCUUGCGAAGCCAAAGCAGUCACAGGGUCAAGGUGGAGCGGCGGUGUAGCAAAAUAUCCGCAGGCGAAGACUUGCUGAACGUGACGGCGCAACACUGAGAGCGUGAUGGUGCUGGUGUGAGGUCCUUCAGGCGGCCGAGCUGACUCCCUCACCUGCCCCUCACCUGCCUCACGUCCCGCCGCCACCAUGGCCUCCCCUCGCCGGGUCCUGCUGGCCACGCUCACACUGCCCCUCCUCCUGCUGGCGGCGCAGACGGAUGCCAACUCCCCCUUGAGGACCCCGAGUUGGACAUGCUGCUGGAGCCUUCCCCUGUGGCUGCCACCGCUGUAGCCGCCUCUGAGGACACCCGCCUCCUUCAGGACGUGUACGAGAACUCCGUGUCCAGGAAGACGGUGACGCAGGAGCCCCAGCCGACGCGGGAGCAGGUGGAGGAGGUUGUGACGACGAGAACCCGCGGAGGGAAGAGGAGGAGGAACAGGAAGAAGAAGAAGGAGGAGGCUCGCGCUACUGAGGCUGCGGCUGUGACUACGACAACCGUGGCGGCGACGCUGACAGCGGAGGUGACGACUGGGCUGGAGAAGGUGGAGGCGGCGGAGGCCACGGCGACAGCCCAAGCCAGCAUGGAGGAGGAGCUGGUGGUGGACGCCCCCAGAAUCUCCUACAGUCGCGCCUGGGUCAACAAGUCCUACAAGGCGAAGGAGGAGUUCAACCCUCGAGGCAUGGAGCACCUGUACCUCAUCACCAACUUGUUCCUCCACCUGGUGCACCGCGAGAGGGAGGUGCCCCGCGAGCUUGAAUCUCUCGUGGCUCAGGAACUGCAGCAGGUGGAUCUGGACAAGAAGCAAGGGAUGCGCAUCGUGUCUGAACUGGAGGCGAACUGGGACGUCCUUCUGAUCCACUACAUUGGCUUGGUGGCGCUGGUGGUGCUGGGGGCGCUCAUAGUGGUGGUUAUGCCCCUCGCUGGCCUCUUCUUCGCCUGCUGCCGCUGUGCCGGGCGGUGCGGGGCCCAGGAGCCGCACUACGAUAAGAAGAGGGACCCAUGCAAAAGAGCCACGCUGGGCACUCUUCUUGCCAUCAUUGUUGUUGUGAUUCUCCUGGGGUUGGUGUGCUCCUUCGUGUCCAACGCCCGCAUGGAGGAGGGCGUGCAGAGCCUGCCCAAGAAGUGGUCAGUCUCUGUGCACGACACCAAGCUCUUCUUCAACAACACAGACAACGAGGUACAGAACUUGCUGGUGAGGAACUACAGGGAGCUGGAGAGUGUCCUGUACAACAAGCUGGACAGUAGUGGAGAGCUGGUGAAGAGUGAGCUGGCAAGGGUGACCAAGGCUGUGGCCAUUGACAACCUGACAGCCAUUGCCUCCAGCCUCUCAGUGAUCAAGCAGGACCUUGGGGAGAUCAAGAACACCACCAUCCAGCUGCAGGACCAGACAUCCAACCUGCGCAGUGGGCUGGAGGAUGUGGCGUCGCGGCUGAAGGAACUGUACAACUCCUGUGAGUCUCUGCCUGAGUGCCGACAGCUCAUCACCAAGUAUGCUGACAAGCUCACCAUCAACAAUGACUUUGAUCAGUAUCUGAAGACCGAUGUUUUGCCUCAGCUUCCAAAUGUUGAGUCAAAGCUGGAGGAAGUGUCAAACUUGAUAGAGAAUGACAUAGAGAUAGUGGUGAAGCGAGGGAAGCGCUCCUUCGACUCUAUAGCCACAGAGAUCCAGAAUAAGGUGCAGAGAUCAAUACCUGAGAUUAAGGCAAAGAUUGUGGAUGUAGGUGGCCAGUUGGAAGACGCUGCCGAGAAGAUCCACCGUUUCCUUCAGCCUGUUGAUCUGAGUGAGUCACAGGAACCCAAUUCAUACCCUGAGGAGCCCAACACUUACCUGCGGCAGAUCAACGCUUACCUGAGGGUGAUGCAAGAUGGGAUAAAUGAAUAUGCCAUGUACAGAUACUGGGGCUCCAUGGGAUUAUGCAUCCUACUGCUGGUGAUCACACUGUGCUUCACACUGGGGGUGGUGUUCGGCUGCUGUGGCCGCCGCCCCGACGAGGCGUCCUCCUGCCACAAGUCCACGGGGGCAUCCUGGCUCAUGUGUGGUGUCGGCUUGACAUUCCUGUUCUCUGCGGUGAUCAUGACUUGCACCACUGUCCUCUUUGUGGUGGGCAGUGCAAGUGAGAUCCUGGUGUGUGAUCCGCUCAGGGACCCUAUGCACUCUGAGGUGUUCUCUAUUGCUGCGGAUUUCUCAAACCUGGAGCAUUUGUAUCCUCCUGGCAAGGCACCCAAACUCACUGAAAUAAUAAGCAAGUGCCACAGAAACUUGAGUAUGCACACAGUACUUAGCCUGGACAAUAUUGAGAGUAAUCUGGCCAAGCUUCAGGACUACAAGAACAGACUUAACUUGCAUGAAAAGAUUGCCCAGUUGAAGCGUGACAUUCGCGUCAACACCAAUGUGGAGAUCUUGUCCCAGAAUGCUAAGGAGCAGCUGUGGGACCUGGCCAACUCCUCUGUGGCUGACAAGGAUACCUGGACCUACUACACUGACAUUUUGGAGAAGAAAGUAUUGACUAUAGACCUGAUGGAGCUGGCAGCACUCCUCAACCAGACAGCUGGUGGCCACCACCAAGUGUCUGUUAAACUCAAGAACGGUGCAUUGUUUUUGGAGGGCCUCCAGCGUUGGGUGACAUCCAUCGGUUCCUUGACAAGGGACCUGAAGAGGACCACAGCUAGACUCAACGAGCACCUCAAGUUUAAUAAGACCAGCUUGCGGGAGGCAAUUGUUGACCUCAUCAGCCAGGCAGAGUUUGCUCAGUACUACCUGCAGGUCAACGGCUCCCGGGAAGUGACUGAGCUGGUGGAGAGGUUCUCUGAGGACUUCCUGGCUGAUGUGGAUGAGUAUGUGCACCAUGUACAGACAGCAGUGGAGAAUGACGUGGGCCGAUGUGGCCCUGUGUCCACCAUCUACAAUGCCACCACCUCCGCUGUCUGCAAGGACAUCAUGUACCCCUUUAAUGGUUUUUGGGCCAGCGUUGGGUGGGUGUUCUUCUUCUUCAUCCCAGCAAUGAUCCUUGCUGUGCAUCUCUCAUCGCUGUACCGCAAGACAGAGCCAUACCCUGGACCCCUCAAUGAGUCCGAAUACUUGUAUGAUGCAUAUGAUGAGAGGAACAGCUUUCCUAUGUCCAACCAAGAAUCCAUGUAUGACGCAUAUGCUGAAAGGGACAACAUCCCCCUCACCACUAAGGCGAUGGAAAGGCGUGUCGUACUCGUCAGCAGUGCAUAUGACAAGAAGCAGCGGAGGCGUUCCCGCGAACACGAAGGUUACGUGAGCAGCAGCUACACCGCAGACCAACCGUACAGCGGAUCACGAGCCUCGCCGCCCCGCAAUGAAUACAUCAACACCACUGACUGGGCAGACUACCCUCCCAGUGGCGGGCCCCCACGCUACACCAGUCAGCCCAGCCUCUCCCCAGAGUACGAGAGACCGCCUCCAUAUUAUUACCCCGGGCCUGGGCCGCAGUACUAUGGGGGACCUCCCCCGGGGGCUGGGCCCGCUGCCGGGGGGAUGCAGGUUCACCCCCCCCCUCCAGGCAACCCCCCACCCGGGCCUCAAGGUCCUACAAACUUCAUCCAUGGCCCUGCCCCUUGGAACCCACAACAGCGCACCAUCAAUCUUGGCGGCUGGAAGAUCUCGCCGGCCUACUCUCGGGACGAAUAUGAUGCAUAGUGGCCAGGUGUUGGCCGGCUGUCUGCACCUGAGGCGUAGAGGAUCUCAGGACAGAGUCUGCGGUGCCCCCAAGUGUUCUGAUGGGUGGCCAUGACACCAGACCUUGUGUUCCCCCCCACCCAGCAACCCUCCCCCAGAAGGCAUCACACAAAAUACUUUGGAGAAUCUCCUUUAUAGCUUUUAUAUAUAUACAUAUAUAUAUUAGGCCAAAGUUUCCUUUCCUUAGUUAGGCUGAUGUGUAUCCACAGUCCAGUGUUCUGAGUGUUCCACAGAACAUUCCAUUUCUUAACACCACCAACAGGAUUUCUUUUUAACUUAUUAUCAAGAAAAGCAACAGAAUGUUAGAGGUAUUUAUUGCUCGCAACAUGCCAUUUCUAGUGACAUUGGUUGUUCAGUGUACACACACACACACACACACACACACACACACACACACACACACACACACACACACACACACACACACACACACACACACACACACACACACACACACACACACACACACACACACACACACACACACAUUAUGUAUGCUUUUCUCACUCAUUUUCAUGUCAAUUAAAGCUGACACAUUUGUAAAACAAAACAAAUUAUUAUCUUGAUUACUUAACUUGUCCUCUCCCUCCUUCAGAGAUCAGAAAAAGGCUGACCCUUGAUCCAAAUUACUGAAAUAUUGCCUUCCUAAUAAUAAAUGCACUACAGUGUAUUAAUCACCAGUCUGACUGAGAAAAUUUAAACAGGCUUUUCACACACACACACACACACACACACACACACACACACACACACACACACACACACACACACACACACACACACACAAUAAAUAUUUUGACUUAUCACCUGUCAGUUUCAUACCUGUUGAUAUGCUGUGAAAAGAAUUGUAUUCAGACUGCCAAUAUCUGUCUAUUUGUUGAAUGUUUGUAGAUUUUCAAAGCUUAAUCUACAGCUGCACAUAGAAAUGUAUUUCUGAAAAUAGCUGAUUUUAGGAGGUAGAUACAUAAUUGGGUUUGGCGAACAUCCAAUACAGUGAUAGGAUACUGCUAAUAAGCAAUAGGACUACGAAAAAAAAAAAAAUAUAAUAGAUUUUGUGAUUCUGCCAUGUUUGAGCAAACUAAUGCUUUAAUUUCAUGUUCACUGGAAGAAAAAGCUGCUUGAUGUUAGUUGGCCAAUACCUGGCUCUGUAAUAUGUGGUCUUCAGCCUUUUCUUCAUAACACGUGUAGGUUUGAGCUAGGCUGUCCUGGGUGUCCACACACGAUGGGGAUGCAGAACACACCAACACACUCUGACUUGGUUCAGCUGUCACAUUGGCAGUUAUAAAAAUAAAACUGUAUUCCCACUAUUUUGGGUCUCCAUGCAGUAUCAGUUGAGUAACAAAAGAAUGCUUCAUUGGAGUCUGGUGUUGUUGCCAAGUGUCUCCUGUAUGGUGUUUUCUACAGAGGCUCAGUCACGUGUGGAUGCAGAAAUGUGCUUAUUCAGAUGUUCUGGAUAAUAAUUGUGAUAAAAUCAACAGUUGUUCAUUAGUUUUCCCAGGAGAGCUCAGCUCCUUGCAAAAGUAGAGUGUGACCUACAUCUUGUCCCGUUGUGUUACCACUGAUGGUCUUGUCACAAUUGCUUUUAGGGUCUGUAUUCAGCAACUCUUGUUACCAUGAUCAUAAGUGUCAAAUACUGUUUGGUACUGACUAAAUGUUAUAUACUGAGUUCAGUAAGUAAUGUUUGAUAAUCUUUGUAUAUUAGGCACAGAGUAAACCCUCCAGGUAGUUUUUGAAAACACCUAAUGACAGUAAUUACCAUAGACUAUAAUAGUUUAUCACUAAUCUUGGACAUGUGGCUCUGCCAGCAGAAAGAUGUUUUGCUCAGUCAAAGUCCUCAGCUGCGUGGCUCUGGACUGUAGGUCUCUGUAUGUUCCAUACUAAAAGAGAUCUGUGCAAAAUAACUUAACUAGUAGUGAGAUUUGCAAUCUGACAUUUUAUGUAUUUGAAAGCCUUCUGUAGUUGUUUCUUAUUGUUUUCCUUCGAGGCAGUUUUACAGAUUUUGUGGUCCUGAUGGGAUCCUGAAAAUACUCUGUAUAUGUUGAACUAAAUGUCACCUGGAGAAGAGAUUCCAGGCCCCUUUCCCCCUGGAGAAGGUGUGGACCAGCGUGAGGAUGCUGCCUGGCUCACCAUUUUGUUUAAUUUGCAAGGUGUUAAUGUUUGGAGCUGGAAGAUGGCACAUAGACUAGUAAAGACAUUUGAUAUAAAUAAGAUGGAAUUUUGUGAUAAUACGGAUUCCGAUGUUAGAGGUGUGGAUAUAUAACUUUAAACUCUUUGUGUAAACUUUAAUGUAUUUUGGAAUAAUGAACAUGAAUGUUCAUUUGUUGACUAGAUUCUUCAAGGAAUCUUGGUUAGAUGAUUAAUGAUUUUGUCCAAAAAAUUACUUCCUUUGCUUUUAAUAAUACGUAUGUGUGUUUGAAAUGCAUAUUUAGGUAGGAAUGUGUUGAUACUCCUUAUUGUCAAGACUGUGUUUUCCAAGGUUAGGAAGUAAGUUUUCAGACGGGAGGUGUUUGGGUUGCACCAAGGCCAGUGCCACCGCCAGACUCUCCUCUCCCCUGGCUGGUCGCCUCCCCCCAUUCACUGUCAAUUCUGGAUUUGUCACUUUCUAAAUGCCAUAUGAAUAUAAUUGCUCAUUAUGUUAACUAUUUAUGUAGAUACCUAGUGUUUGAUAUUGUUUUUAGAUUUUCUACAGGAACAAAUUCUCAAGCAAUGGGAAUAGUGGGUCAUUGCAGGAACCUGUAGACCUCUCAAGUGAAGCUUGUGUGUGUAGGUGUCCAAGGUAAGGGUUCAUUCUGUCAUCAUGAGCAAUAGACCAAGUGAUUGUGUGUCAUAUAACAUUUACUCGUAGUUCCAUACCAAAAUGAUUUACAGUAUUUAACACAACACCUAUUCAUUGUUGUUUUCAAGUGUUUAUGAAUGUGUACAUAUAUAUAAAUAUAUAAAUAUAUACAUAUAGAUCAGGUGUGAGGAUGAGUGUUGGUCUCAUACACUGUAAGAAGUACCUAUGUCCCAUGUGAUUUUUAUAUUAUUCUGCAGUUUUCCUUGUCAGGUCUAAUAAUACAUGAACCAUUUUAUAAU